CGAGAAUGAUUGUAAUUUGUUUAUACAAUAAUAUGCCCGUGUCACAUAUCUGCAAAUUAUUUGUAAAGUAUUCCUAAUAAAAAUAAGAGAAGUUUACAUAGUUGGCGAAUACUCUCAUAGAUUUCUGCGGCUGUGUAUGCCCGUUUAUACGAGUGUGCGUGCAAAUGUAUUAUAUGAUGUGUGUAUACAGAAAAUCGUCACGUUCGAUGUUAAAAAAUUGAGUCUGUUUUAAGGGGGAGGAAAAUCGAGAGAGCAAGAGAAUGAGUGAGAGAGAACCCCUAGUGUAAGGCAGCAACAACAAAAAUUAUCCUGCCAAAACAAGCCAUAAAAGUCAGGAUUGAACAAAGAAUAGAAUGGUCAUAAGGUCGAAAUGUUUCCGGAUCCAAAUUUAAUUGUGUGGCUGAAUGGUAGAACUUGACAUUUGCUGAAGUUUCAAACUCCAUAACGAAGUUAAUAUCAAUACAUCAAAGGAGACGCAACAAGUAUCGACGGGUAUGCACAAGCCGACAACCCACAAUAAUGAGAAGUCGAUGGUAGCAGCAUCAGUAAACCAUUAUAAUCAAGUGGUUAUAGUCGCCAAAAACAAACUCGAUGUCAAUACCAAUACCAACAUUAAAACAAGUAACAAGUCGAGAACAAUCACACUCGAGAGUAGCGACUAAUGGUAAUGGUUUAUUAUCAGUCACAUUGUCGUCAUCAUCGCAGUGCUACUGCAUGAAGUACUGCCAAUCACCAACUGGGAUUCACGAUUGGCGGGAUUGUCAGGUGCCUGGAAUAAAAAUUAGCAAAACUACAAAUGCAUUUCGAUCUACAGCCCUUGAUAACUGUACACGCACGUCAGCAAAGAGCGAGAUCGAAAUCAGACUAGAACAACCACACGUUUAAACCCAACGAUGCAUCGAAAACCAAAAGUAAAUGCAAGACUAAAUCCAAGGAAACUGUUGUCUCUGAACUUGUGUCCAGUGGGAUGAUCCCUCAAAUUAAUCAUAGGCACUACGAUAUUGGCAUUAACCAUAAUAAGCCCCAACAAGAACCUCAAAUUCAGGAAGAUACCGAGCAGCCGACAGAACAUACUUCCACCAAGAUUAUGGCAUCUACUCAAAAUGUAGAAAACAACCUGAGGAGGAUUACGGAUAGCACCAAUAACACCAUCAGCAAUAAUGGCAACACCAAGCAAAGGAAGAAGAGCACUCAAUCGCGAUUUAAAAUGUUAGUGCCGAUACCCACGUUGGGCACCACUUCGUUCGUCACUUUCCUCACAAUCAUCUGCAUAGAAACCGUUCUACUUUCGACAAUGACUAGCUGUGCUAAAACAUUCUACAUGCAUUGGAACACGUCGAACAGCAUAUUUCGGAUUGACAACACUGAUCACAUUAUUGACGUGAAAGGAAAUCUAGCCUUUGAAUUUGACCAAGUGCAUAUAAUAUGUCCAGUUUACGAACCGGGAGCAUUUGAGAAUGAAACAGAGAAAUAUAUCAUAUACAAUGUUUCGAAAGUAGAGUAUGAAACAUGUCGCAUAACGAACGCCGAUCCGCGAGUAAUAGCUAUAUGUGAUAAGCCCCAAAAAUUAAUGUUUUUUACUAUAACUUUCCGGCCAUUUACACCGCAACCAGGUGGUUUAGAGUUCCUACCUGGAAAUGAUUACUAUUUCAUUUCAACUUCAUCAAAGGACGACUUGUAUCGACGAAUUGGAGGCCGCUGUUCAACAAAUAAUAUGAAAGUUGUAUUCAAAGUGUGUUGUGCAGCAGAUGAGAAAAAUCGAACAUCGCAGGAGACAACACUUGGACCAGCAGACAGUGGUGGAGUGUUAUCUGUUGGUAACGGGGUGGUGGACAAUACUGGUGUUAAUACUGAUCACAACUCAAAUGUAAAUGUUAAGCUUGCCCACGGCCACGGGCAUAAUCACAAUACGAUUGGGAUCAGUAGCGGCAAUACUGGCUUAGUGCCACCAAUUGGAAACGGUGGAGGCCUUCAGCUAAAGCCAAUUAAUGGAUUGGGUACAUCCAUCAACUCCAACAUUGAUCAAUUUAAUCGCGUGCCCUUGCAACCAAACAUAAUUAGCAACAAUAUUGGUACUGAUAUUGAAAACGGGGCUUCAAUUGGCACUGGCGUUGGCAGUGGUGGCAUUAUCUUAUCACCUGGCCAUGGCAGUAUUAAUAUGUUGCCACCUGGGCGUGGUGGAGGCGUUCAUUUGCCGGCCCACACGGGUCACCAUCAUCAAACGGGAAUUCGCAUUAAUAAUGUGCCAACGCAGCAACAUAAUAAUCAACAACAACAUCCGCACCAUAAAAGCAGCAACAACAAUAUGAACUCGAAUGAUGACCAUCACAAUUAUGAUAAACAUCCAAAUGAGGUAGUCAAGAAUGAGGAACUCACAUAUAACAGUGGAUCAACGCGAACUAGUGGAACUAGUAAUAUUCAAGGAUACGUCUGGUCAUGGAUUUGGAUGGGCUUAUCCACUUCUCUCAGCACUAAUGCUAUUAAUUCAACAAUCGUGCUUGCUUUGCUGGUGGUAAUAAUAUUUAAUCACCUGUUCAAGGCUCAUCAAGCAACUUCUCGUCAUCGUGAAGAAGAACCCAUUAGCUGUUGAUCGCUGAAUUUAAAAACAGUUUGACAUAGCUGCUUCAUCAUAUUGAGGGCCAUUAAAUUAUACAAUACGUAUUGGUGGAAUUACAUAUAGAUAAUAAUUUUAUAGCGGACGGAGUAUGGAAGAAUUUUCGUCAAUAGAAUUAGUCGAUUUGAAUAUAUAUCGAUACGAGAAACGGAUAGUAAAAAGAAGGAGAAAGGUGAAAUAGUAAUAAAAUAAGUAAUAAGCAUAUGAAAAUUUCAACCGCAUUAAAACAUAGUUUAUAGCGAUUUUAGGUUUAAUGCAUACUUUUUAGGGUAAACAAUAAAAACGGACAGAACGCCGAUAUAUAGAUUACUGUUUGCAUAUUUUAUAAAGAUCUUAAAAUCGAUUCAAAAUAAUUAAUACCACAUGACCUUAUAUAAUAAUGAGAGUCCAACAUAAUUCAAAUAUUUUAAUCCCAAUUUUUUUGUCGACAUUAAUUAAAUGCAAAUCUAUCCAUUAUUUAUAUGCAAUUUAUUUUGAAGUUGAUUCUGAUUCAAAUUAUACGAUAACCACAAAAUGGGUGUGCAGUCUAAUAAAGUAAUUAGAGUCAAGAAAUUAAUUCCGAACAGUAUUGGCAAGACACGCUCGUUAACUCAAUUCGAUAACCAAUAAUUCCAACACUCAUACAAAUAAUUCUGUCGUCUUGAAAAUGCGAAGACAUAAGGUUUAUUGACUGAAAAAUUGAAGAUAGUAUAUAUGCAUUACGUACAUUUACAUACAUAUAAAAAAUAUUCUCAUUUAAGUAGUCCAUAACGUAGUGCACGAGCAAAUAAAACGUACAUAUAUACAGAUAUUAAAAAUCCAUUUAAAUGUUACAGUAAAAGUCGUGUAUGUAAACAAUGAAAUUUACAUUUAAAAUUACUAUUAUUAUAUAUAUUUAUAUAUAUAUAAGUAAGUAAGUAUUUUGAGUAUGGGAAAGGUGAAAUUCAAAGAACUCAACUGUAAGUUUUAUGUUCUUUUUAAGUAUUAAGUUUUUAAUUUUUGUUUUUCUUUGUUUAUCGAUUAAAUUGUUUUGUAGAUUAACUAACAAGGCACACACAUAUAUAUUUAUAUAUAUAUAUAUAUAUAUGUGUGUGUCAUUGUAUUUUCAAAAUAUGUGACAAAUUACAUGUGUCAAAUGACACAACAAAAUCUAGGUGAAAUUGAUUGUAUAUUUAACUAUAAAUAUAAAAAUGAAACAAAUUUGUAUAUCAUGUAUUGAGGCACAUUCGCUAUAUUAAAAAAAAAAGAAAA